UGUGUAAUUUGGGGAUGUCAUAUAGGAACACAACCACAGCAUCCUCGGAAUAUGGUGAUCUGACUCCAGAUAAAGCCGUCGAUGGUUUCUAUUCCUUUCAACGACAUCAAUGUUUCAGUUCAUCGCAUUCAAAUAAUAUUUCUGCUUGGUGGGAAGUGACUUUUCAGUCUAUCUCCAAAAUUUUCAAAAUUAACCUCGUCUUCAGGGACACUGUUGUCCGCCAUGCUGGUUAUUACCUCUUCAUAACAAAUCAGACAGUGAACGCUAGUGACUUGAUCCAUCUUGACCCUGUGUACCAUGACGAGGAACCAAGUCCAAGUCUACAGAACACCAUCAUAUUCCCUGCGGGUCACAGCGGUGUUCAGGUGUAUCUCUACAUCAACCAAUCUAACCAGGAAAAUGUAGUGAUAAUUGAGCCGUGUGAAGUGGAAAUUUACGGCUGUGUUGAAGGAGACGUCAAUGAAUCAUACGCCUGCGUAAAUACAACAAUAGGUGGACAGGGCCCUGAUCUUUGGCAAACCAGUGUGGCAUUUAGAAAUGGAUCGCUUGCACUCACUUGCGAUGACUACUACUUGUCCAUCAUGAAUAUGUCGGAUUUUAAUGUUUCUGAAAUUUUACCAAUACUAGAAGCGUGUGAUGGAAAACAACAUUGUUCAUUCAAAAGCAGCUCCAACAUACAACAUAAAACACUGAUGUUCUAUUGUCAGAAUAAAUGCUCAAAUGAAAACUACACUAACUCUCAUCUUAACUGUACUGUGGUAGAAGACUUGGGAAUAAAAUACCAACCAGCAGUCAGCGAUUCAUUUACUGCAUUCCUAAAGUCACGUGUUUACGACUGUUGUAAAUGUCCAUGUGAUAGAGUAAAGACCCAAUAUUUCAUCACAGACACAGAGGUCCUUCGAAAGAAAAUAAAUAAACUGAACAAUGAAUUGAAAGUCCACCGAAAAGACCUCUCCGCAACCGUGAGAGCGAAGACCUGCGCAAAAGACGAAAGGAAGUCUUCGAAAUAUCUUGGUUUCAUCACUGGAAUAGGAAUUACUACGGCUGUGUUGGUAAUCAUCGUUUGUAGUGACCUUCCAUUGAUGUACAGACAAGUCCGAUUUGGACCUUACGCCUCUCAGGCGAUUCUCUUUGGUGGUGGUGGAUCAGUUGAAGUGAGGGGCUGUUAUUUCUACCACUGUAAGCUGGACCUUAUCACAAUUAGGCGCAACCUGUUCAUGAAUGUCGAUGCCAGACCAAAUCAUGCUCGUUCUGUGCAGGAUUUUCGCGUAGAGAGUCGUCAGAGUGCAUCAAGACCUACACACCACACUGCCUGCGUGCCUCAGCAGCCACGAGGUGGUUUCCAAGCCCGUCAAAAUCAUGCUUAUGUCGUGGCAUCGAAGCGAGGCGUCGUUGAAAACCAAUAA